UUUGGUGAGGGAGGGUGCUCACAUCCCUGCAGCCUGUACACUCUCUCUCCCUGGUAGGGCACGUGGGCUCUGAAACAGUAUCCAGGCAUCCUAGGGACCUCAGUUCAGAGCCUCCUCUAUGGGCCCAACAGGAGCUCCACCUGAAGGCCCGCCCCAGUAGGUCCAGUUACUAGGAUACUGGGGAUAAAGCAUUUCCUGCCUAGAUGUCUUGGCAGCUCCCAGUCCCAUGGAGACCACUGGGAGCUGAAGGAGCUGCUGGCACCCAGAAAGCAGCAGCAGAAGAAGAAAGUGGUCUUUGACUAGCUGAGCAAGUGGGUGAACAGGGGCCAGACCUGAGCCGGGAGCCAAGCCCACCUACUCAGCAAUUCUCACAUGCGGUUCCCAGGUGGGAGCUGAGGAGAGAAGCAGCAGGAGGAGGGGGUUCAGAGACCCACGAUCUGCCUGUCUCCUUUCCGCAAGCCAUGUUUAUCACUGUGAUGUUUGGAGCUGAUUGUCGCAUGCUAGUGAACUCCUGGUGCAGCCUGGUGACCUUCAUUGUGCAUCUGAAACAGAAGGCUCAGGUGCCCCCAGAAGUAACCAUUGCUCUCCUGGCUGAAGACGGGCACCUGGUGAGGCUGGAAGAGGGGACAGUCCCGGCUCCUUCCAUGGCCUGUUCCCUGCUGCAGGAGCAAGGGACCUAUGUCCUUGUACGGAUCAUUAAAGGGAAAGAUGGGGCUCCCACCCACUAUGAGUCUCUACUGGACAACCUAGGUGACCAAUACCCAGAAUUAGCAGGUGAGUAUCAAGAUAAAUGGGGUGGGGGCACAUCUACCCAGCUCCCAGCAACAGGAUUUCCUGGGUCUUCCAGAGGAGCUGUGCUGGCUCUCCGGCUUGCCAGGCACAAGCCACAGUCAGAGAAGACGCACAAGCGUUCGGCGUGGCCACCGGGAACAAGGUCCCCCUUCAAGGUCUCGGAGGGUGGCCUCCCUCCCAUCUACAAACCGCUAGCGGGAGCCAUAGCCAGGAUGCAGGUCCACAUUUCUCCAGCCUGGCACACACCUUAGGGGCUCAAUGCAUUGCUGCUGACUGAACCCAGUGAGUGACGAAGCGGUCUGUGCAGGGGUCUGAAGGGCCUACUUCCGUUCCAGCCAGGUCCUAUGACCUGGCGCACCACAGCCAAGUGGCCCAGCUGGACUUGGAUCCAAGGGGACUGGUCCUGACCUCUGCAUUAUCAUCAACUGCAAACGCACAGCCGUCCAGCAGGACUCCUCUUUCAGAAUCUGGCGUUACUAAGAAGUUACAUCAGCAAGAAGGGAAAGGUCACAGACAGGAUGUGUGGCGCACCCCCCCCCCACCUCCCCGCCCCACAUUUGAGUGCAGAGAAAAGGAUCCAAGGACAAAAACAAGAAGACUGAGGGGGCAGAUGUCCCUGUGGGGCAGUGACAGCAAGCUUCUCUUGAGGUUUCGGGUCCCGGGGGAGUAAGGCCCUUGGGUUGGCUGCAAAUGCCUCGCCCCCUACCCCACUUAGAGAGCCCCAAAGUAAUCUGUCCUUGGCUAUCCAUAGUGCAGAUUGUAACAGGGUUCCCCACACCCCACCUCAGAGGUUCAAGGACAACCCAGGGUUACACAGCAGGAGAGAGCUAUUUAUUCUCUCUCUCCCUACACACACACACACACACACACACA